UCACUUGUUAAGAAAAUGUUGACUUACAAAGAUGUUGCUACGGCUACCUUCAUAGGCAUAAGUUUGUUGCUGAUAUCAUCAGCUUCUGGGAAUUCAGCACACGGCGCUUCUCUGACUCAGCUCUACUUAAGCGAAAAUUUAAAUUAUUGUGUACACAGUCCUACACCAAAAGCCGAUUUUUUCUCUUUUUCCUUACAUUGUCCACCAUACUUCCAGGGCAACACUAGCGUACCUUGUUGGUAUCUGGGAAACAAAUGUUAUUGUUUUUCAAGUUUUAGGCUGCCUACUUGGAUGCGUUGUGACGAAUAUUGUAAAGGAGGAAACAUGACUCUUCUCAGUCUUGAAACGGAAGCGGAAGACAUGUUGAUCAACAGUCACGUUCAAGCGAACCCAGAAUUGAAUUUUUCCGAGUAUUGGACUUCAGGCAGAUACUCUCAAGAAGGGAACAACAGAUGGGAGUGGGCUUCGACCCAACCUUUCCAGCCAUUUAAUUAUACUAAUUGGCAUCCGAUAUACAAUCAACCUGACGACAACGAGCCAGGGAGUUGCGCUUUACUUUAUUUUCUUGAUUACAGUGGAUACUGGGCUGACAACGUUUGCAUUUACUCUACAAGAUUUGUCUGCGAAUCUAUUGAAUGAAGCUAAUAUUGCGAACGCAAAAUCACAUUUCACAUGAUAUUUUAUUGUAUCGUGUCUAAACAAAACUGCGUUCCGAAAUGUUUACAAAAAAUUACUACUCUAUUCUAUGAUUUUUUUAUUUUUGACACACGAUUUUUCUAUUUUUCCCGUUGUUGCUUAUAUAUCCUUUCGUGUGAUUUGGAUGCGGUUUACAUACACGUAGACAUAAUUAAA